AUGGGUGAUUUUAAUGAUGUCCGGGAUGUGAGUGAGCGUAUGAAUUCAGAGUUCGUUGUAGCUAAUGCUGAGGCUUUUAACCAAUUUAUCCUAUCAGCCGGGUUGGUGGAGUAUAAUAUGGGUGGUGGAAAUUUUAUGUAUAUAUCGGAUAAUGGUAAAAAGCUAAGUAAAUUGGAUCGGUUUUUGGUGUGUUUGGGUUUUAGGGAGAGAUGGCCGAAUGCAAUGGUGCUUGCGUUAGCUAGGGAAGCAUCAGAUCAUCGGCCCAUUGUUCUCUCUACGGUUCAAUCUGAUUUCGGCCAAAUUCCAUUUGGUUUUUUUAAUUCAUGGUUUGAGUAUUCUGGGUUUCUUGAGCAUGUUCUACAAAAAUGUGGUGAGUUUAAUUUCUUGGGGCCAGCGGAUCUAGCGGUUGCAAUUAAAUUGAGGUAUUUAAAAAAUAACAUCAAGUCAUGGCUGAAAGUUGAAAAGGAGAAUAGGGAGGGGAUCUAUGGUGGAAAAAAGAAGAGACUUGAGCUCAUUGAAAAUAUAGCGGAGGAAAGAUUGCUAUUAGAGGAAGAAUGUGGUGGGAAAUUGAUUUCUGAACAACAAUCGGCUUUUCUAACGGGUAGAAAUAUUAUGGAUGGCCCUCUUGUACUUAAUGAAGUCCUGAGCUGGUUGAGAAAGAAUAAGCGGGAAGGGAUGUUUUUUAAAGUAGACAUUAAUAAGGCAUAUGAUUCUGUUAAUUGGUCCUUCCUUGAUUCGGUUAUGGCUCAGAUGAGGUUUCCGAGUAAAUGGAGGUCAUGGGUUAUGGCGACCUUGUAUUCUGCUAGAGCUUCUGUAUUGGUAAAUGGAUCUCCAACUAGAGAGUUUGACUGCUCUCGUGGUCUUAGGCAGGGAGACCCGUAA